GAGAGCCAGACCAAAGCUCAGAGGAACCCACCUGGACCUCCACCCAGCUGUGUGUCCUUAAAGAGUGACUGGUCUAAAAGUAUCCUUGAUAAUUUUAAAGUCCAGCCUCUGUCUGCUGCAGAGAGGGUGGACCAGGAGAGCUCAGAAGUUCCCAUUGAUCAGUCUGCCCAGCAGCAUCAAACACACCUGGACUCCAUAUUUAUGAUACUGGAGGACAAAAUUAUUACUUUUGUGAAGAGUGAGCUGAAGAAGAUCCAGAAAGAUCUGAGUCAGGAUGAUCUGGAAUGCCUUAAGAGUCAAUGCAAGGAUGAGGAUGUAUUAGUGUGUGAGGAUGAAGAACAGAAUAAGAGCAACAGAGAAGCAUUUGUGAAGAUCACACUGGCCUUCCUGAAGAGAAUGAAGCAAAAGAAGUUGGCAGAGCAUUUGGAGAGCAGUGAGAAUAUUUCUAUAUAUACAUGGUAUCACCAUGAACUUAAAUCUACCCUGAAGAAGAAGUUCCAGUGUGUGUUUGAGGGGAUCGCUAAAGCAGGAAACCCAACCCUUCUGAAUCAGAUCUACACAGAGCUCUACAUCACAGAGGGAAGGACUGCAGACAUCAAUGAUGAACAUGAGGUCAGACGGAUUGAAACAGCAUCCAGGAAACAAGACAGACCAGAAACAACAAUCGGACAAGAAGACAUCUUUAAAACACCACCUAAAAGAGAUGAACCAAUCAGAACAGUGCUGACAAAGGGAGUGGCUGGCAUUGGGAAAACAGUCUUAACACAGAAAUACACCCUGGACUGGGCUGAAGACAAAGCCAACCAAGACAUCCAGUUCAUAUUUCCAUUCACUUUCAGAGAGCUGAAUGUGCUGGAAAAGGAAAAGUUCAGCUUGGUAGAACUUGUUCAUCACUUCUUUACUGAAACCAAAGAAGCAGGAAUCUGCAGCUUUGAAGACUUCCAGGUUGUGUUCAUCUUUGAUGGUCUGGAUGAGUGUCGACUUCCUCUGGACUUCCACAAAACUACAAUCCUAACUGACCCUAGAAAGUCGACCUCAGUUGAUGUGCUGCUGAUAAACCUCAUCAGGGGGAAACUGCUUCCCUCUGCUCACCUCUGGAUAACCACACGACCUGCAGCAGCCAAUCAGAUUCCUUCUGACUGUCUCGAUAUGGUGACAGAAAUCAGAGGAUUCACUGACCCACAGAAGGAGGAGUACUUCAGGAAGAGAUUCAGAGAUAAGAAGCAGGCCAGCAGGAUCAUCUCCCACAUCAAGACAUCACGAAGCCUCCACAUCAUGUGCCACAUCCCAGUCUUCUGUUGGAUCACUGCUACAGUUCUGGAAGACGUGCUGGAAACCAGAGAGAGAGGACAGCUGCCCAAGACCCUGACUGAGAUGUACAUCCACUUCCUGGUGGUUCAGGCCAAAGUGAAGAAGGUCAAGUAUGAUGAAGGUGCUGUAACAGAUCCACACUGGAGUCCAGAGAGCAGGAAGAUGAUUGAGUCUCUGGGAAAACUGGCUUUUGAUCAGCUGCAGAAAGGAAACCUGAUCUUCUAUGAAUCAGACCUGACAGAGUGUGGCAUCGAUAUCAGAGCAGCCUCAGUGUACUCAGGAGUGUUCACACAGAUCUUUAAAGAGGAGAGAGGACUGUACCAGGACAAGGUGUUCUGCUUCAUCCAUCUGAGUGUUCAGGAGUUUCUGGCUGCUCUUCAUGUGCAUCUGACCUUCAUCAACUCUGGACUCAAUCUGCUGGAAGAACAACAAACAACCUUCAAGAACUCUGACACAAGAGAAUUGUGUGGAAAACCAGAAUCACAAAAAAAAGUUAAAUCUGCAGAGAAACACUUCUACCAGAGUGCUGUGAACAAGGCCUUACAGAGUCCAAAUGGACACCUGGACCUGUUCCUCCGCUUCCUCCUGGGUCUGUCACUGCAGACCAAUCAGACACUCCUACGAGGCCUGCUGACACAGACAGGAAGUAGCUCACAGACCAAUCAGGAAACAGUCCAGUACAUCAAGGAGGAACUCAGUGAACAAAACCUGUCUGCAGAGAAAAGCAUCAAUCUGUUCCACUGUCUGAAUGAACUGAAUGAUUGUUCUCUGAUGGAGGAGAUCCAACAAUCCCUGAGAUCAGGAAGUCUCUCCACAGAUAAACUGUCUCCUGCUCAGUGGUCAGCUCUGAUCUUCAUCUUACUGUCAUCAGAAAAAGAUCUGGAUGUGUUUGACCUGAAGAAAUACUCUGCUUCAGAGCAGGCUCUUCUGAGGCUGCUGCCAGUGGUCAAAGCAUCCAACAAAGCUCUACUGUCUGCCUGUAACCUCUCCGAGAGUAGCUGUCAAGCUCUGUCUUCAGUUCUCAGCUCGCAGUCCUCUAGUCUUGGAGAACUGGACCUGAGUAACAAUGACCUGCAAGACUCAGGAGUAAAGCUUCUGUCUGCUGGAUUGAAGAGUCCAAACUGUACACUGGAAACUCUCAGUCUUUCUGGCUGUCUCAUCACAGAGGAAGGCUUUACUUCUCUGGCCUCAGCUCUGAGCUCCAACCCCUCCCAUCUGAGAGAGCUGGACCUGAGCUACAAUCAUCCAGGAGAGUCCGGAAUGAAGCUGCUGUCGGCUGGACUGAAGGAUCAACGCUGGAGUCUGGACACUCUCAGGUUGGAGCCUGCUGGAGUCCAAUGGUUGAGACCAGGUCUGAGGAAGUAUUCCUGUCAACUCACAAUCGACACAAACACAGUACACAAAAACCUCCAACUGUCUGACAACAACAGGAAGGUGACACAUGUGAAUGAGGUUCAGUCAUAUCCUGAUCAUCCAGACAGAUUUGGUUGUUUUGAUGCUCAGCUGCUGUGUAGAAAUGGUCUGACUGGUCGCUGUUACUGGGAGGUUGAGUGGAGAGGAAGGGUUGAUAUUUCAGUGAGUUACAGAAGAAUCAAAAGGAAAGGAAACAGUUAUGACUGUAUGUUUGGACACAAUGAUCAGUCAUGGAGUCUUUACUGCUCUCAUGAUGGUCCUCAUUCUGCCUGUCACAAUAAGAGAUCAACACCAAUCUCCUCCUCCUCCUCCUCCUCCUCCUCCUCCUCCUCCGUCUCUAACAGAGCAGCAGUGUAUGUGGACUGUCCUGCUGGCACUCUGUCCUUCUACAGAGUCUCCUCUGACACUCUGAUCCACCUCCACACCUUCAACACCACAUUCACUGAAACUCUUUAUCCUGGAUUAAAAUUAGGUUUUGGCUCCUCAGUGUCCCUGUGCUGA